GAGCGCUGGGAUCGAGCCAACAUGGCCACGUGCUAAUCGAAGCCCUCCUCGCUCCCCCGAGUGUCUCAGGACAUACGUGUUUACGUGCAGUGUUCGUGGACACCCCGAGUUUUAAUGUUUUCGUAACAACAACAACGAACGCAUUUUUCUCCUGUUCCGUUCGGCGUAUUCCGUCCAUCGGCUCGUUUCGCAUCGGAGCGUUUUCACCUUGGUCCUAAGAUUGGAAAUAACGGGGAGUGUGUCAGAUAUCGUAAACGUUCGAUGAUUCACGAAUCGAACGGUUUCACGUCCAAAAAAUGCUGUUAUAAAAAAAUCCUGCCAUCUACUUCCACGUAGAUAAAUGUCCACGCGAACACAUCGAUCAAUACAUUUAUACACAUCAUAAGAAGUGCGCGAAUGUUGGGUGCUGGAGCAAAGUGCAAUGAUUACUGUCACUCGCUCGUGAGUUCUCCUCGAUGCACAAAUCGAGCUUCGUUCACGUGACGACUUUGUUGAUCAGUGUUUUUGCUUCUGCGACGAUCGUCAUGUCCUCCCCGGCAACUGUUGCCAAUUGCACGUGUACCUGUCAACAACCAGUCGCCGAUUCGGACGCUUGUGUUAUCAUCAACGAGUCGACGACGAAUUCUCCAUACUCUAAAACUUUGACGAACCGCGAGAAAAAAGAUGCCCGGAACGAGCAGCGUGUUAUAGCGGGUUAUCGACCACAUGGAAAUCUAGCCAGACUUCUCUUGGACAAGCAGAGAGCUGACGAACGUCUGGAGAGCUACGACAAAACACGAUGGUACACUGUCGACAAAACCAAAAUACGGGAUGACAUCCUCAAACUAUGGGUCCCUCUGGGCGCUGGACCACACAACAAUCUACCGGACAAAGUCGCCGAAAAUUUUCUCUCCAAAUCGGCCGAAAGAUCAGACUCUCUGCCGCUUCAGGCUUGGCAUUCGGUCGCUAGAUCUGCACUCUGCUGGUUUGUCAGCCAGACGUCUAUCAAUGGCCUACUCGGCAGAGGCUCCAUGCACGUAUUCUCUGCUGAACAAUUCCAAAAGAUUAUCGAUGCCAGUCGCUUCACUGGUCCCUGGCAUUCCGUCGUCGAUCUUGGAGCUGGCGAUGGCGCUACCACUGCCCAUAUCGCUCAUCUCUUCGACAGAGUUUACGCAACCGACAUAUCCGCCCCGAUGCGAUGGGCGUUAUCAAAACGAAAGUUUACAGUAUUGGACAUCGACAAGUGGCACGAAACGGGCCCCUUCAACAUCGUGUUAUGCCUGAAUCUUCUGGAUCGUUGCGAUCGUCCUGACACACUUUUGCGACAAUUGCGUACGACACUAGCACCAGGUGGUCGUUUGGUGGUUGCACUCGUUCUCCCGUUUAGUCCGUACGUCGAAGUUGGCCAAAGAGGCGAUCACAAACCAUCGGAAUAUCUUCCUAUAAAGGGCAAUGGUCUCGAGGGACAAAUAGCUAGUCUCGUCGAUCGUGUAUUUGCUCCUGUCGGUCUCAAAUGUCUCGCUUGGAGCAAAUUGCCUUAUCUCUGCGAAGGAAAUCUCGGACAGUCAUAUUACUUUUUGGACGAUGUCAUUUUUGUUCUCGAAGCUCAACAGGACGAACCUUACAACAGUACUCGAAGCAGAGACUACGAGCCAAAGAAUGCUUCACCGAAUUCGGGUGGGAUCUGAAGAUAACGGAACGAGGCCCAGGAAUUGGUGUUUUUUAAUAUAUAUAUUUCCGGUCGAUAAAAAACAGGCGAGUUCACACUUGUAAAAACUUUAAUUAAUAAUCGAUAGGUUGAAUGAAUAAUUGUGCAGGAAUACAGGAGAGUAAUACUGGCAAGCGACGUCAAGUUUUUAGCAGUGCAGACACAGCAGUAGCAUUUUUGUGUACAAUAUCAUUAUCAUUAUUAUUAUUAUUACUAUUAUUAUUGUAUCUUUUAUUUUUAAUACGUGAAAACAAAGUUCAUAAUCGAACUUGAUUUAUUGUCGUUGUCUUGUUAUCGCAGAAUCGUGUUCCAAUUAUUCAUUGGAAAGUUUGUUCGGCAUCACGGCUAAUGAAAUUUCUGCGACAAUCAGACAAACCAAUGUUACGCUUUGAGUUUUCAUUUUUUUUUUUCUCAUACAUGGAUUAUUUAUGACGAUGAUUUAUGUUUUCAUUUCGUUAUCAUUGUAUUUCUUUUUGCUUCAUCCUCUUUCGACAAAUAGAGGGUUCAUGAACGAUUGAUAUACACACUUGUGUGUAACGAUAACAGGUGAUAAUUGUAGGACACGACGAAAGUAAGAGAAUCGAUGUCUCGCUUUCUCCUUUUUAUCUCUUUUCACUUCUCUUAUACAACUAUAAUAAAUAUUGCAGCAGGAUUCCCCUUUUUUUAAACCGCGGUGGAACCGUGAAAAACAGCUGGUUCGACGCACAAAUCAACAAAUAAAUAAAAGUAUAAUAUAUACAUAAAGAAUGUCCUCUCCAACCGACUACUACUCCACGCCCUCAUACGCUUUGCACGAACAGAUUUUGCUAUUUUCAUUGAAAUAUAGAUAACCAACGCUUUGCAACGACAAUUCAAACAGAGAGAACACUGUUAAAACAAUAUUUCAUAAAAUGCUGCCAUUUUCAAAUCGACGAUAAAUACACGAGAGAUCGCUGGAGAACACAAGUUAAUCGGACCUUCAUUCAUUAUUUUUCCUUAUUUCAAGUGAAAAAUCAAUGAAAAAUUCAUAUAAAAAACCAUUCAUUUUCCUGCAAUAAGUGCUCACCGAUUAACUGCUAUCCCUUCGAUCGUCGUUAAUUGAUAUAUAUGUAUAUAAUAACCCGCCCGUGGAGCUUAUUCCUUCAAAUUUCGUCUCAUUCUCUUUUUUUUUUCACUUUUCCAUCAUUUUACGUUUCAAUCACAGUCGCGUUAAAUAUUAAUUACGAACGUCAUAACAGAAAAUAUACAUAUCAAUAUAUUCGUCAUAAGAAUUAAACAAUCAUAAAUUUCAUUGGCCAAGACUAGAAAAAUUCGUUCCUAUAUGUUUUUUUUCUUACUCUUUCUUCUUUUCGUUUUUUUCCUCCUAAUUUUAUUUCUUGUUUUUCGUUCAUCACUUAUUUUUAAAAACACCAGAUACAUACCGAGAUUCAUUGAUAUCUUUUACCCCUUCUUUUUUUCUUUCAUGUUUUCGUUUAAAAAAUAGAUUUUUUUUGUUUUUGUUUUUUUUUUUUUUCAUUUGUUUUUGUUUCUGUUAAUACUGCGUGUAAAAUUCCUCAGUACAUUGCCAAUGGGUGGACGUCAAUCAAAGAUCGCGAACGCUCUAAUAAGCACCACCGGCUGGUUAUGCGAGCUCGCAUAGGAAUCAUUGUGGUAUUUCUAUUCAUUCAUCAAUGGUUGUCCAUUAUUUUCUCGCUUUUUAUCCUCUCAUUUUUUCGGCUCCUUUAGAUCCUAAUCUUUAGCCUUUGAAAAACCAGAGCUCAAAUUUACAACCACAAUUUGUGUGUAUGUGUGUGAAUGUGUGUGUGUGUGUUUGUGUGUUUCCGGACCUACGUAAAAUUUUUGUUUUUCUUCCCCUCAACCUCUUCGUUCUGUUUUGUUUUUACUACGCAUGUUUAUCACAGUCCACGCAUGACUCAGUUUUGCCACCCACAACGUCGAAAAUCCUAAACGCCAACACUUUUCUUUUUCCACUUUCUAUCUGUAUUUUUCUUUUUUACUUCUCUUCUUUUUUGAGCAAACAGUCCGGUCCGUCCGACCUCAAAUCCCAUCCAUUUAUCGAAAAUGACUUCUUCUGACUAGAACACUUUAUAGCACGACUGAUUUACCGAUCGGUCUACCGCGAGCGCUCAGUCCAGCUUACGCUGCUCGCACAUCUCCUCCAAACCACCCGCUUUCCUAUAUUGGUACAUAAAAACAAUGAAUACAUUUUAACUCUUCGAAAUUUUGUAUUUAUUCAUUUAUAUUCAUAAUAAACCUUUUUGAAUCGUCCAAUCAUUUCAAAUAUCAUAGUAUACCAAAUAAAUCAUUUCCAUUCAUUGUUGAAAUUCAAAAAUAUUGGGAUUUUCUGGAUCGGAAUUCAAACGACCCCCAUGGCUUUUCAGCGGGAGUAUAAAGUUCUUUGGAUUUACAUUUUCAAAAUUUCCGAUACCUUUUCCAUGGUUAGGCUGAAAGUGGUUCAAUGUUUCCAAAAGUUUAACGGAUAAUUUGGAUUUUCGUCAUUUUUUACUGAUUGUGAGACACGUGGAAAAAUUUUAUCAAAUUCUUCCUUCUCGAAAAAAAAACAACCAAAAAAUCAUCCUUCACGUUCAAAACCAAUGUGAUAAUACCGCAUGUAACUUUGUUCAAAAACGGGAACUCGAAAAUUUUCGUCAGAUAUUCAGAUGAACACUCUUUUAUGUGUUAUAAAAAGCUCUUAAACAGUUGAGUAAAUUUUCAUAGACAGAUCACUUCAUAGACAGUUGAACUUUUGGAAAAUAUAGCACUGCCAAAUCAUUUUUAUUUUUUAUUUUAUCAUUUUUUAGCACGAAAACCAGUGCUCCUCAAAACCACCGUAAAUAUAGUGUUAACAAUGUUUCUUUUGUUCUUUAAUCAUUUGGCUCGGCCACUUCUGUUCCUGAAAUGUUGUCGAACUGUUGACCUAUUUUUUUAGUCGCAAAAAACUUUACUAUUUUUCUAAAAUCUCCACAAGCUCUUAUAAUUCUGGCCAAACGGUACAAAAAUACUUGAAAAUUAUGGAGUAUUCUCGAUUGCAUUGAAAUUUUGCAUUCUUCGACGAUGUUCACGAACAUUACUAAAAAAAAAAUUCGGAAAUUUUUUCAAAUUUUUCGUCAAAUUUCAUUCACUUCCGAACAAAAUCCGUGAAAUUUUGUUGAAUUCACCAUAUCCUUAACUAGCGAUACACUUUCAAGCCAACACCUCAAAUUGUAUUUCUACAAUAUCAUUCCUAGAGCAAUAAGUUGAUUUUUUUUCAAUUUUAUACUUACAGCGUAGGUAAAUACGAUCCAGUGUUAUGAUCUAAUCUGUGCUUAUCUUCGUUCUUCCAGCUGGAAACGGGAAUAUGCGGUGGUGGAAGAAAACUUCUCAACGAUUGUACGAGUUGUAUUGUAUCGACCAGGGCUGCGAAAGACAAUAACAAAUCAAAUCUUGAAUCAUUCGGAUUUUCAAGUGUUUCUCAAGCCGCUCUGACCACGCACGGUCUGAAUAACCCCAAUGCUUAUUUUCAGCAAAAAGUUCAAUACUUUCCGAAUGAAUAUUUUUGAGAUUUUUAAUAGUUUUGCCUUUCAAUUACUUCUGAGAGCAGAGCGCGGUGUCAGAUUUCAGUCGUACUAAGUAGUUAGAAGUAUAACUCGAUAACGAGAUGAUUAUUAAUUGUACCUAAUUGAUAAUUGAAUCAAAUUAUAAUAGUAAAUAGAUUCAUCAAUUUUUCAUUUCCAGAGAACAAUACCAAAAGAUACUAAUACCAAAUAUUGGCCACUGAAAUCUUUGCAAUAAUGUCAACAGCUCGAAUAGUAAACCAUCGAUAGUACAAUCAUACAAAAACGAGUCAUAAACACUAAAACAAAAUGAAAAAUAAAACUUCACCUUUAAAAUCAUUCAAAAUAUGUUUUUAACAUGGAGUAUCCAUAUUUUUCUACAAUCAUAAUUCAUACUUAGUUAAUCGGAGAAAAAUCUGAGUUUAUUAUUUUUUCAAAUGGUCUUCGGUCUAAAACACUCAAAUAUUUUCAUACUAUCUUCAAACAUUUUCUAUUCGUUUGUUCCAUUAGUCAAUCGUUAUUCUCAUGCAUACUUCGUAGUAAUCGAUAUUUGUACAUAAAAUAAAAUGUUGAAUUUGAGAAAAAAGUGGAAUUUCGAAUAUACAAUAUUUAAUCAUA